AUGGAUCUUUCCUUUUUCACUUUCAGGAACAAAUUGAAGCUUGAAAACUUGGAUGACGCCUGUGUCCUGAAGGGAGAGGACGAUUCCCUGAUGGAUAAGCAUGGUUGUCCUGCGUACGUGGGGCCAGAGAUACUUAACACCAAGCAGUCAUAUUCGGGGAGGGCUGCGGACGUCUGGAGUCUGGGAGUGGUUCUCUACACCAUGCUGGUGGGCCGCUACCCUUUCCAGGACAUGGAGCCAGCUGCCCUCUUCGGCAAGAUCCGGCGAGGGCUCUACACUGUCCCGGACCACAUUUCCCCGAAAGCAAAGUGCCUUAUUCAGUGCAUCUUACGACGGAAUCCUGCGGAGAGGUUGACAGCCAGUGAGAUCUUGGAUCAUCCCUGGUUCAGUUCCAACUUCAACGUGACCUUCAGCAGCAGCUCAGGCCCAUCAACUGACCAGUUGGUCCCUGAUGGCUACAGGGAGGAUGCAGAUUUGUAGAUUUUUGUUUUGUUGAAAACCAUUUAUAAAAAAGGAAAUGUAAUUUGAAACGUU